AUGGUACAGCCCGGCAUAGGGCUGGAUACGCCCCGGACCAACCUCGGUGACGCGACAUACCUAGAUCGACAGCCAGACCUCGACAUCACCCAAGAACCCUCCUUCCAAUCUCCAAGCAAGGAACCCAACGUCUUCCAGUCCCUUCACAACGGCAACGGCCGGCCCACCCUACGAACGCCACGGGGAAAGAACAGCAGUCGAGCCCCCUUUGGUGACAGGAUAAACAUACCCAACGGCAUCGGCGGCGCAGAAUUCACACCUCUCCUCAAAUCCGCCACGCGGAACAGCGCCCGCCGACGGGCCGGCAAGGAAAACGGCCUUGUCACCCCCGCGCUGGGCAAGAUCGACGAGGACAGGACACCCAUACAGGUCGGGGAGAGCAGCGUGUACAGGUCGUCGAGGGAGCCAUCAUACCUGGACCGCACGCCGCUCCCUGACCCCGACAGCGAUAGUACCGCCUCGACUCCCAUGAUCAUGCGCCGCGGCAAAACCGUUAACAGAGGACCCCUUCAGGACGGCCAGCAGCUGUCCCUGCGCGAGCAGGAGGGCGUCAUCGACAGGAUCGAAAAGGAGAAUUUUGGCCUCAAGCUCAAGAUCCACUUCCUGGAGGAGGCACUGCGUAAGGCCGGGCCAGGCUUCAGCGAGGCUGCGCUGAAGGAGAACACGGAGCUCAAGGUCGACAAGGUCACGAUGCAGAGAGAGUUGCAGCGCUACAAGAAACACCUGACGUCGGCGGAGAAGGACCUCGAGACCUAUCGCCAGCAGCUUGCGGAUAUGCAGGAUCUGGCCAGGCAAAAGGGCAGCUCCGGCGACCAUUCUGCGGAACUGGACAGAUUACGGCGGGACAUGGACGAUAAGGAUGCAGACAUCGAGGAGCUGCAACAACAGCUUCGGACCGACCGACAAAACCUCGACCAGGUGGAGAAGCUCCAGGAUGAGAUAGGCGACCUCGAGGCGGACCUCCGGGAGAAGGAGCGGGCGAUCAGCGAGCGUGACGAUGAACUGGACGACCUGAGGGCAAAAUCAAGGGUUCAGCAGGCUGAAGACAAGGCAAAGAACGCCCAGAUACACAUGAUCGAGCUAGAAGAGAAGGCCCAGGCCAGCGGCAAACUCAAGGAGGCCAGGGAGACGAUCAAGGAUCUUGAGACAAGCGUGCGGGCGCUUGAACGACAGGUCGGCGACCUGAAGGACAAGCUCGAAGAUGCGCAGGCCGACAGGGAGCGUGCAGAGACCGACCUCGAGGAGUUACAAGAGGAGAUGGCUAACAAGUCUGUCGUCACAAAGGGUCUACCGCGCCAACUAGAGGAGAAAGUCGUACGGCUUCAGGACGAGGUCGAGACAGCCCGUCAAGACUACGAUUCUCUAGAACAGCAGUUCAGCAGCAAGCAGAGAGAGGUCGACGACCUGAAGUUCAAGCUGAAGGAGUCGCGCCAGGAACGUGACGCCUCGGAGAGCCAGCGC